AUGGGCGCCAGCGGCUCCACUCGGGACCUGUGGCCCUUCGCCUCGGCGGCGGGGGGCGGCGGCCCGGAGGCGGCUGUCGCUGAGCAAGCUUUGGUGCGACCGCGAGGCCGAGUCGUGCCCCGCUUCGUAUUCACUCGCCGUGGCUCCAUGUUCUAUGACGAGGAUGGGGAUCUGGCUCACGAGUUCUAUGAGGAGACAAUCGUCACCAAGAACGGGCAGAAGCGGGCCAAGCUAAGGCGGGUACAUAAGAACCUGAUUCCUCAGGGCAUCGUGAAGCUGGAUCCCCCCCGCCUCCACGUGGAUUUCCCUGUGAUCCUCUACGAGGUGUGAGCCUGAGGGGUGGCAGGCAUAAACACGCCCUGCCCCAGCAAGAAACCCCCAGGCUCAAGGUGUGGCUUCCAUUGAGGAACCUAGGCUGGGGCCACAACCGUGAAUAAACUCCACUGGCC